UUUACUCUCAUAAACAGUCGCGCCUGUUGCCAUUUUACGAUAGCAGCGUGUGAUUCAUUGGUCGUUUUUUUUUUAUUUCAAACAAUCAAAAUUCUAUGAAAAUGAAGCUACCUCAGUCAUGUUGGUCUCCAAUUAUAUGGACAAACAGUAUUCGAACUGCAACCAAAGCCAUUGCGUUUUAUACAAUUGCAAUUAGUCUUGUUUUAAUUACUUUUAUUGCUUAUCAAAUGAGAGGUGGCGACUCCACGCAGCUAUACAAUCCACUAUUUGAAGCCGAUGUCAGAUUCUCAUUACAAGUAAUUGGAGGUUUCUUCAUUUACUACCUCCUACAGUUGAUUUUCUUUGCUGGUCUGAUGAUUUAUGGACUCAAUAGAAAUGUACGUGGAUGGUUGUUGCCAUGGCUGGUAACUUGGUUUAUUGUCUGUUUAUUUCAAUUAAUAUUUGGAUUGUGGCUGGUAUACGGUUAUUACAUUUAUCUCGAAGCGACGUUUGCAGCAUUUUUUGAUUGGAUCUGGAUGGGUUAUAAUAUAUACUGUUGGCUUGUUGUUUAUGGAGCAUACAAAGAAUUGCUGGAGCUACAAUCACCAAACAUAGAACUUCUAUGGCCUUGAAGACUACAUGAAAAUAUUCUAAACAAACAAAUUUUUUAAUGUUAUUCUACAUAAUAUUAUUCUAUUCGAAGAAGACGAUAAAAACUGAAACGGUAUACAUCUAAUACAUGAGAAGAGUGGAAUUGUAUUUGUAGAAUAACUUUUUAUUUUCUUAGAAAAUAUUAAUUGCUAUUACUAUGCAAAAGUUGCCGUCCAAUUCUAUGUGAAAAUUGUGUGACUGAUAUACGAUUGACGUAUUUUCGAUCUUAACAUUAUAGAUAAGUACAAACAAUACAUUUUAGCUUUGAUAAAUAAAGAUGAAUAUAGAGAUAACGAAUUUACAUUCAUAAUUUUAUAUUUAUUUUAGUAAGACAAGUCAAAUUUGUAUACAAAAUAAAAAUA